UCGUCUCUCAUAUCACAUACAAAAUGGCCCCUAACCAGCGCAUCGUUCCCUCCGGCUCUCGCCCCCAGAAGGGCUUCGUCAGCACCCUCUACGACGAGGCCACCAACCCCGAGAACAAGACCAUUGUCCGCAGCAUCGUCAUCUUCGGUGCCGGCAUCGCGUUCCUCCACUCCAGCUUCGGAGAAUUCCUCCUUCCUCCUAUGUAAAAUCAUAACGCCUUUUAUACCUCCGGUGAUACGACUCGGACUCCCUCUUUUGAAACUGUGGAAGCAUAUCGGCGUCGGUCAAAGGAAAACAUGAUGCGUGGGCAUCUUUCGCUCGGUAGUUUUUCGAUUGGAUAAUGUGUACAAUAUUUUAUUGGCACGGCAUGUACUAUCCGACAUGCUGUGUCUUGUUUUGAGAUUCAUGAAUAUCAGGAAUUUUGCCAUUUGCCGGAUGUCCGGCUGUGGUAC